CCGCUUCUCACGAGUAAUUCACCUUCGCCACCAACCGAUGCGUGAUGUUUUCUUGAGUCGUGCUUUCAAUGGUUGUUUCCCACAUAUUAACUCGAUCUAUCUACUUCAUUCGACGGCGCACCUAUCACCAUCCUCAUCCAAUCUGCCGCUCAGCUAUACAGCACAUCAUAUAACCAAAUGUAUCUCAUCAACAAACGCUGCAUGCUAUAUCUAACAUAUUAACCAAAUCUAUCGUAUCUAUUUCCCGUUCAACCACAUCCUCCCGCUUGCCCUGGUCAAUUUUGACACAAUCAUCAAUCCUCGUACCGAGUACCGAGAAUCUGAGCAACUGUUGGCGAUCACAACGACCUCGUUAUUUAUCCACAUAGUAUAUAUUGAAAUCGCGCAGCCAUAGCGACCACGUCCACAGUUAUCAUAUACCAUGUUCUUAGCUCGGAGGGUUUUACUCCAUAAGCGAUAUGCAGCGCGAUUGCGCAACCUAACGUCUCGGGCCCGCAGUCUGCUUUUCGACGAUAUGUCAUUGUGAUGUAUUGAUAUGUGAGUAGUUCUAUAGACACUGUGGGUUGUUUGAUGCGGAAUAUGUUGCUGUUUUGUGUGUAGUGGUUGAGCUGGAAUUUCGGUGAGGUGUGGCGCGCCCCGCUCCGCUGAGUGGAUCGGUCCCCGCAACGAGUGAAAAUUCUAUGUCCUGAUUGACUUGACUCUCCAUCAUGAGACAAGGUAA